AGGCGGGAUAUAAAAGUCUUGAAGAAUAACUCAUUGAUCAACCUCCAACAAGGCAGAGUUGCUUGUGCAAACCUCAUACAGAAGUUAGUUACGGAAAACGUGCGCGUUACUCCGUAAACCUCUAUUUCUUGUUUUCACUUGGACGAACCAUCAGGGCAGCUGCAAUGUGGAUUCAAGUGCGCACAAUGGAUGGGAGUGAAACCCACCGGGUGGAUUCCCUGUCCAAGCUCACCAAGGUGGAUGAGCUACGUCUCAAAAUCUCUGAGCUCUUCAAGGUGGAGCCAGACCUGCAGAGACUUUUCUACCGCGGCAAGCAGAUGGAGGACGGCCAUACCAUAUUCGACUACAAUGUGGGCCUAAACGAUAUAGUGCAACUGCUUGUGAGGCAGAAGGUUGAUGUGGUGAAAGACAAAGAAGCAGAGCUCUCAGACUCUGACUCUGGUUGUGGAUCAACCCGGAGUGAAUCCGACAAGAACUCAACUCACAGGGAGGCCGAGGCUCAGACCGCCGGCACCUCCUCCACAACAAACACCACAGAGCUCGUUGAUCCAGGGUUCGGAUCUUACAAGAUCAAUGAGCUAGUGGAUGCAAGGGACUUAAACAUGGGGGCGUGGUUUGAAGCGCAGAUCUUGAAUGUUACCAAGUCAACAAAGACGCCUAAAGCAGAAGCUGCUGAUGCACAGCCAGCAGAGGAGGAGAUAUUGUACCAAGUUAAAUACGAAGACUACCCAGAGAACGGGCUGGUUCAGUUGCUGGCCAAGGAUGUUCGCCCUCGGGCCCGCACGGUGUACCAGUGGCACCAGCUGGAGCCAAAGAUGGUUGUUAUGGUCAACUUCAACCCAGACGACCCCAAGGAGCGUGGCUAUUGGUACGACGCUGAGAUCCAGAAGAAGAGGGAGACUCGCACAGUGAAAGAAAUCGACGCCAAGAUUCUCCUUGGUGAUGCUGGUGACUCUCUUAAUGAUUGUCGGAUCAUGUUCCUGACUGAAAUCUACAAAAUCGAGGAGGUUGGUUCUCUGGAUGAAACACCCGCUGGAUCCGAGAGUCCGCUGAAAAGAUCAAAUGGACCCGAGUGCAAGCACUGCAAAGAUAAUCUCAAGAAAAACUGCCAGUGGUGUAACUGCCACGUCUGCGGCAUCAAGCAGGAUCCCGACAAACAGCUGCUGUGUGAUGAGUGCGACAUGGCCUAUCACAUCUACUGCCUGAACCCCCCGCUCACCUCCAUCCCUGACGACGAGGACUGGUAUUGCCCAGGAUGCCAUAAUGACGCCAGUGAGGUUGUGUUGGCUGGAGAGAAGCUGAAGGAGAGCAAAAAGAAGUCUAAGAUGGCUUCUGCCAGUUCCACCAGCCAGAGGGACUGGGGCAAGGGAAUGGCCUGUGUUGGUCGAACCACGCAGUGCACCAUCGUCCCAUCAAACCACUACGGCCCAAUCCCCAGCGUUCCUGUCGGCUCCCUGUGGAAGUUCAGAGUGCAGGUCAGUGAAUCUGGCGUCCACAGGCCUCAUGUAGCUGGGAUCCACGGCAGGAGCAACGACGGGGCCUUCUCUCUGGUCCUGGCAGGAGGAUAUGAGGAUGACGUGGAUGAUGGUAACGAGUUCACAUACACUGGCUCUGGUGGGCGAGAUCUUUCCGGAAACAAGAGGACCGCUGAGCAAUCAUGUGAUCAGACACUUACCCACAUGAACCGGGCGCUGGCUCUCAACUGCAACGUCCCUGUCAACGACAAAAAUGGAGCCGAUGCGAAGAACUGGAAGGCGGGAAAACCAGUUAGAGUCGUGCGCAGCUGCAAGGGUCGCAAACACAGUAAAUACUCCCCUGAGGAAGGAAACAGAUAUGAUGGGAUAUAUAAGAUUGCAAAGUACUGGCCAGCCAAAGGGAAGUCUGGCUUCUUGGUGUGGCGAUAUCUGCUGAAGCGUGACGAUGAGGAGCCGGCACCGUGGACGAGAGAUGGCAAGGACCGCGUCAAGAAGCUCGGGCUCACCAUACAGUAUCCUGCUGGCUAUCAAGAGAAAGAGAAGGAGAAAGAGAACAAAAAUGUUGCGGAUGAGUCUUCGGAAACACCCAGCAAGUCAAAGAGGAAGAGGAAAUCCCAGAGCAGUGAAUCCCCCAAGUCUUCACCAACCAAAACUCCUAAGAAAAUAAAGCUAGAAAUGUACAAGCUUACUAGGGAACAGAAAACCUUCAUCAAGAAUGACAAGCAAAACAAGAAACUGUGGGAUGAAGCCAUGGAGUCACUGUCACUCGGACCGAAAUUCCUGAACAAAGUCGAAGAAGUUUUCCUCUGCAUUUGCUGCCAAGAGGUUGUCUUUCAGCCGAUCACCACAGAGUGCCAACACAAUGUCUGCAGGGAAUGCCUAAAGCGAUCGUUCAAAGCAGACGUGCACACCUGCCCGGCCUGCAGGUACGACCUGGGAAAGAACUAUUUGAUGAACAUCAACAAACCCCUGCAGGAUAUCCUAAUGCAGUUGUUCCCAGGCUAUAGCAGCGGGCGAUGUUCAUUGGAUCUGCCUACUCUGCCUGGGAGGAAACGCCAUGUAAACUACCCAGAACAUGAUGUACGAUCUGGUGUUGGAGCUUCAACAUCGAAGUGAGGAGCUGGACAGGAGGAUUGUAGCUCUGGAAGAGAAACUGGAUUCCAUCCUUCUCAGUUUGCAGUCGCUUCCCGUUGUGCUUUCUCAAGCAAUAACAAAGCUACAAAAGGAUUUCCUGGACGACUUGGCCUGUCGCGUCCACUUCCUGUCAUCCUCCCUGAGCUCCGAGUGCUGUUCAGUCCCUGCCAGGCAGCUUUGUCCAGGACCCACCACACCAGAGACACCAUACAUACAUAGACCUCACUCUGUGGCUUUCCUUGUAGUCUGGAAACUUUGUUCAUGCUGGGAAGGAUUUUCUCAACAUGCACACUCUUCUUUUAAGUAGCGCUCUGCUACACAUUUUUACAGUUACACAAAUAAACCCCUGGGAGUAAUAGCUCUUACUGAGCAGCCCAAAUGACAAGGGAAGUGCUUUAGUGAGGGGAUUCUCGGCUAAGGGAAGAUCCAUUUUUUUCCCCCAGAGGUUCACAGUUACUGUAUAGUCAGGACUGGGUUUUCAGCUACAAAUAGACACACAUUAGUAGUGUCUCUUAGGAAGCAAUAUGAAGAUGAUUUUUAAGGUACCUAGAGUCUAAGUGUGUUAGUUCCUAAGUAAUUAAGAAAUGAGGAAUACAUUUUUCCCUUAUUCUCGAGCUUACAUACCUCAAAUGGAUAAGUAUUUAUUUUGUAUGUCUACUAAUCAACUCUUUUGCAAUAUUUCUUUCUGAAAGAAAUCUAACAUUAGGGAAAUGGAGAUUGUCCUUAAAAUAUGGACAGCACUUUUGAAUAUGUGCAUUACAUGAUGUCACUAUACAUGAACAAGUUAAACUUAUGAUCAUUAUUAUUUAUUAUUAUACAAAUAUCCUAAAAAUCCCUGUUUCAGUUGGAAAAUGUUUUCCUUUGAUGACCUAGCAACAGUUUAUUUUAAAGUUGUAGGCAUACACAUAUUGAGAACCUGCAAUAGAAAUAAAGUAAAUCUAUAAUUAUUAAAUUGUUAACAUUAUAUAUAGCCCUGAAAUCUUCCUUUGUGUUUCACUGGCCUUAGCCUACAACAUUAAUAGAACCUUAGGACCUACUUUCUUUUGAUUUUCAUAGCAGCAACAUACAGUAUCAGCAUCUUGCCGAAUACAAAAGCAAUAAAUACUUUUUCCCAAGA